AUGAACGCAAGAAAACUGUGGGGUGAAAUGGAAGACGAGAGAACGGAUGAGACGUUACUUCAGAAUGUCAACUUUAAUCCAAUCAUAGAACUGGGUAUGCAAAACAUUCCCGAAAUAUCUAUCACUGUGAAAUCUUCGCCUAUUGAACUACCAAAGCAAAAUCUAAUAACUCAUACCAUACAGCUACAUGCACAUGCGAGGCAGCUAUCGAAUAUUCUCGAACAAGCUGAAAAUGCCUUAUUUGAGGGUGCAAGGAUUGGGCCAAUCACCUUACCCAUAGAGCCACCAGAACCUGAAUUAAAACUAGAACAUGACACGACCCCGCCGAUUAAUUUCCUUGAAAAAGAAUAUUGUGAUUUUUCACUGGGUAAAGGACCCAUGAUUUUGCCUUUCACACCCGAGAGUCACAAGCGAGCGCUACGACAGUGCGCGGCCAUAGCUCUUGGUCAUGUUGGUGUAGCGACCACCACUAAUGUGGUACUAACUGCCGUAGCAGAUGCUCUAGAUAUUCAUAUGACUAAUAUGUGCAAACUACUCAGGACUGUAGUGGAUAAAGAAGCCAGUGGUCUAAAAUCAGGAUUCCCAGAUGCAAUCUCCAAGGUAUUUUCCGACCUCAAUGUUGGUAACCUUCAUGAAUUUUAUCAGAACAGAGUUGUGAGGUAUCAUGCAAUGACAAAAAAGAAAUGUGAGGAUUUGAGGAUUCAGUGUGAAGCUCUGGCUAUAAGGGACAUAGCACCACAGUUGAAGUUAGAAGAGGUACCAGAGUUACACUUUCCUGCUGCACUGGACGGGGCAUUCACUCCAUCCUUAGAGCCGGGGUUUCAAAUGCUGCACAGUCUGGAACAAGAGGGCUUGGAGCUGCUUGAGGCAGUAACAUCAGAUGACAUCACCAAAAUGGAUGCCAUGGAGUUCUCACAACCAGAGACUACAGCGAAACUUCCUUCACUAUCACCCAGUGCAAAGAAAAAAAGAAAAUAA